AAAUUAAAGGGGCGGAAUUAUGAAGGGAGAACCUGGAAAUAGGAAAUCGUUUUUUGUGCAUAAGAAAAGCUUCUAAUUUGUUCACAGUUCAGUCUUCUCUCUCAUUUGGCGUAACGACAACUGAAGAUGGGUAGGCGAAGAUCGGUGCAGCUCAGUUCCAUCUUCAUUUCUCUUUUGUUCCUCAUCUCCUCUGCUAAUUCCUUCUAUCUCCCCGGUGUUGCUCCUCGCGAUUUUCAAACUGGUGAUCCCCUUAAUGUCAAAGUGAACAAGCUGUCAUCUACAAAAACACAACUUCCCUAUGAUUACUACUUCUUGAAGUACUGCAGACCUACCAAGAUUUUGAAUAGCGCAGAGAAUUUGGGGGAGGUUCUUCGAGGGGACCGCAUAGAGAAUUCAGUUUAUACUUUCCAAAUGAGACAAGAACAACCAUGUCAAGUCGUUUGUAAGAAAAAGCUUGAUGCUGAAUCUGCAAAGAACUUCAAGGAAAAGAUUGAUGAUGAAUACAGAGUCAAUAUGAUUCUAGAUAACCUUCCAGUUGCUGUUCUUAGACAAAGGCGGGAUGGAAUUCAAUCUACUACUUACGAGCAUGGUUUCCGUGUUGGGUUCAAGGGGAAUUAUGCUGGGAGCAAAGAGGAGAAAUAUUUUAUCAACAACCACUUGAGCUUCCGAGUCAUGUACCACAAGGAUCCUGAAACUGAUACUGCGCGCAUCGUUGGUUUUGAAGUGACGCCAAACAGCAUCAAUCAUGAGUACAAGGAGUGGGAUGACAAGAACCCUCAGGUGACGACGUGCAAUGAGAAUACAAAAAAUUUAGUCCCAGGUAGCACUGUUCCCCAAGAAGUAGAUGCAGAUAAGGAGGUUGUAUUCACCUAUGACGUUUCUUUCAAGGAAAGCGAUGUAAAAUGGGCUUCUCGUUGGGAUACAUACCUGCUCAUGAAUGAUGAUCAGAUUCACUGGUUUUCCAUCAUAAAUUCCCUUAUGAUUGUCCUAUUCCUUUCUGGUAUGGUCGCGAUGAUCAUGAUGAGAACUCUGUACAGAGAUAUUGCAAACUAUAAUCAAUUGGAAACACAAGAUGAGGCUCAGGAAGAAACAGGAUGGAAACUUGUUCAUGGGGAUGUUUUCCGCGCUCCUAUUAAUUAUGGUUUAUUGUGUGUUUAUGUCGGAACUGGUAUCCAAAUACUUGGAAUGACACUUGUGACGAUGAUCUUUGCUCUGCUGGGUUUCUUAUCACCCUCGAACCGUGGUGGGCUUAUGACUGCUAUGGUUCUACUAUGGGUUUUCAUGGGCUUGCUAGCUGGCUAUUCUUCUGCCCGUUUCUACAAAAUGUUUAAAGGAACAGAGUGGAAAAGGAUUACUUUGAAAACUGCUUUCAUGUUCCCUGGAAUACUUUUUGCCGUCUUCUUCGUGCUGAAUGCUCUCAUCUGGGAAGAGCAUUCUUCUGGAGCAUUGCCAUUUGGGACUAUGUUGGCUCUAGUGUGUUUAUGGUUUGGGAUUUCGGUACCUUUGGUAUUUGUCGGCAGCUACCUCGGUUACAAAAAACCAGCCAUUGAAAACCCUGUUAAGACGAACAAAAUCCCUAGGCAAGUACCAGAGCAAGCAUGGUACAUGAAACCAGCCUUUUCGAUACUUAUCGGGGGAAUUCUUCCAUUUGGAGCUGUUUUCAUCGAGCUAUUCUUCAUCUUGACGUCCAUAUGGCUGAACCAGUUCUACUACAUCUUUGGCUUUCUCUUCAUAGUUUUCCUGAUCUUGAUAAUCACAUGUGCAGAGAUAACUGUUGUGCUCUGCUACUUCCAGUUGUGCAGUGAAGACUAUAACUGGUGGUGGAGAGCUUAUCUUACAGCUGGAUCCUCCGCUUUAUACCUGUUUCUCUACUCCGUUUUCUAUUUCUUCACUAAGUUGGAGAUCUCAAAGCUGGUGUCAGGCAUAUUGUAUUUCGGCUAUAUGUUGAUUGCAUCAUAUGCCUUCUUUGUGUUAACAGGAACAAUUGGCUUCUGUGCUUGCUUCUGGUUUGUUCGGAAGAUCUACUCCUCAGUGAAGAUUGAUUGAUCGACAGAGAGAACUCAUAGUUUGUUAUUAGUAUAGUGAAAAGGGUCGAUGAUGCUGAGAUUAGGGAAAAAGCAGUAAAGAUUGUCGCUUAUAGCACAGUGGCCAAAGAGUGAGUUUUCAGCCUGCUAAGACAGUCGAGUCUUGUGGUAUUAGCUUAGGGCUUGGCUUGUAACUUUUAUACAAUCGCUAUAUUUCUUUUUAGAAAUGCAUCUGGUUGGUCCUGGUAAAAGAAGUACUGCUCAAUUUCAAAGUCUAUGAUGGCGGAUAUAUGAAUUUGGCACUGAAACCUUUGUCAAACUUCUGAUUCAUGCAACCCCAUAGCACUUUCUAUUUUUGACCAGGCAGUAUGAUAGACAUCAAGUAAAAUUGCCUACAUUCUACUCU